AUGACUCAACCCAUGGCCGAAGCUACCGACCAUGAUUCACACGAUAGUCAGAAUGCACACGAAAGUCGGCCACGGCCGUUGUAUGUGGUGCUGUACUCGACACAUGCGCUGUAUGCCAGUGUGUGGUCCUUGGCCACACAGACCUGCGCACACAUCGCCAAUCCGAAGUUCACUCGGCAG